AUGGACGCUUCACGAUCAACACAAGUUCCAUCGACGGCUUCGACCUCGGCACGAACCUCGCCUGCAACAACGCAGCACGUACCCGCAUACCAGCAGCCCGCCGCGUCGCCCGUUCAGUCGAACCAGUCGACCGAGCCGUUCCUCAAAGACUUUACCCUCAUUGCCGAGGCAGCGAGGAGAGCACAGAUGGGAAUCAUGGUGCGGGACCUUGAGAGUUUUGGACUCUCAUAG